AUGUCUAGAUGGCCAACUGUCAGUGAAUUUGAUUUUUUCUUUUCAAAUUGUCGAGAGAGAGAGGAAGAUGGAGGGGAAAUAGAUUUAGCAAUUUGUUUACCAGGAUAUACAAAAGCAUUAGCAAAAGACACUCCAUUCUGGAGAUCAAUUAACAGAGCAGUUGANUUGUUUGGCUCAAAGGAGAUCCUGCUUAAGGCUAUUGUGCGCAAUCCUUCUUUACUUACCUAUGACUUCCACAAUAAAAUUAAUCCCAUCAUUGCCAUAUAUGAGAAACUCGGUGUUAGCAGAAGGGACUUGAUUUCUAUGCUUCUAUCUCGUCCCACCUUAAUUCCACGAACUACGCUAGACAGUGAGAAGUUGGAUUACAUUUCUAGAACUGGCGUCUCACAGGAAUCCAGGAUUUACAAACAUGUGGUUACUCUUCUCGCCAUAUCACGCAUUGAGACCAUUCGUGAAAAGGUGAUGAAUUUAGAGAAAUAUGGGUUUUCAGAGGACGAGGUUUUCAAGCUUUUCGGACGGUCUCCACUCGUGUUGACACUCUCAAUCGAUAAAGUUCAGAGAAACAUGACUUACGUAGUGGGCACAAUGAAGCUACCAGCUAAUGUGGUACUUCUUAACCCAUUUCUGCUCUUCUUCAACUUGGAAGCCAUCAUAAAGCCACGAUUUCUUCUAGCAGGAAAAAUAGAGGGUAUGGGUAUUGUCCCUCAAAUUAAAGGACCUGCAAUGCUUAGAGCAUUGAGGAUGUCUGAGAAGCGGUUCAUCGCUGCAUUCAUUACUUGUCAUUCAGAGGAUGUGGGCAACGAAUUAAUCACUUUCUAUAAAAAUGCUAAAUGUGUCAAACGAUUAGCAGAGUCUUCGAAGAAGAACCUGAGUAAAGGGUUUCCUUUCUGAACAGUUUUGGAGUGAAUAUGUAUCUUUACAUAGUUAAAAUUAUUAUCUCAGGAAGAGGAGAAUUUUACCUGUGGUGGUGUUGAUUCAUUAAUUACCUUGUUGUCUGAGAUGCCCAUAACAGCAAAGCAGUUUACUACAAUUUGAGUUUGUUGGUGAUUCUUUAUCUUACAAUUAUAAGAAUGUACUAACCUGGACAAGGUUAGUAUUUGUUUCCGGUACAGGAUAAGUGAUAGGGUCUUUUCUGAUACGGUGAGAUCGUUUUCUCACUCUCUGGUUUAGUGAAAUUUGCAGUCUUGCAGAAAGUUUAUAUUCCUUGUGUAUCAAAUUACGAAAAUUGAAUGAAUUGGGAGUAGGAGGCUUAGUGGUAGGGGAUCAAUCAGAUGUGUAUGUAGAGUUUGUUUUCUUAUUUCUUUAAUGGCGAUCAAUGUCCUCUUUCAUAAUAUGUUUGAAUGGGGAUUUUAUGAUAUAAGUAGAGUAACCAAUAGAGUCAGAACACAAUUAGCAUUAGGUGAAUAUAUUAGCAACUUUGACUGCACUCAAGGUUGAUUAUUAUCGGGAUAUACUUUUACUAGCUUUCAAUGUGCAAAAUUGCAAUGAAAUUUCAUUACCUUGA